AUGGUUUCUUUAAAGGCGUCCACCAAUUUUUCGUCUAUUAGUGAACGAGACCUAAAUUCUAAACUUACAGAUAUAUUCACUAAAAUUGGGCAACUUGGAAAUGCACAACAGGGCAUCCAAGAACUUUAUGACUUGUUGCUGGAAUACCCAGAAUGUGACGUCAAGGUUAAUGCAUUUCUCGCUACUGCUGGUACUUUCUUUCAAAAAUAUAUUCGUAAGGCGCUAGCUGACCUUACUACUCAAGAAAUGCAAAAAUGCGGAAUGUUGCCUAAAGAACCUUGUGCUCCUGUAACUCCUAUACCCACAACGAAGGACUCUCUUUCUCAAAAACGACCGACAACUCCUCAAAACAAUAAACCUCCUCAUAAAUUUUCUAUAAAUCGUUGUGCAAAUAGUAAUGGGGUAAAUACCAAUACUAACUCAGCGAAAGAACUUUCGGUCAAAAAUGAUUCUCAUGAGACGAAAUUUGAUCCUAUGGCUCCAAGAACAAAGGCUUUCAUAGAAAAAGUAUCUCAGGAAACUUUUGAUCAAACACGAUUACGUCUUCAUGCCAUAUUUCAAUAUGAAAAGUACAAGACUGGCCAAAAACGAUCAAGUCUACCAAAUUUAAAACAAAUAGAAAGUGAUAGUGAACGAUUAGAAUUUGUUAAAAGCAUCAUACGAUCUCGACCAAAAGCUCGUCGUUCUACUUGGAAUGAUUUUAACACCCCAUUUACUACUAGGCUUACUGAUGUGUCUAUUCAUGCUAAUUAA